CGUCUGCGCUCUUUACACAUUGUACAAGUCCAUACCAUUUUCCCGCUUCGAACGGCCACAUGUAAAAGCCGUUUCGAUCAAUCAACUGCAAGACGUCAAAAUGUAUCAGUAUCUGGAUCCUCGACGCAUUAUCAUCAUAUACUCCGGGUCCAGCAGUAGCAGUUCCAGCACUUCAACCUUCCAGACUACGCCCAAGCGACCGGCGGGCGAGGUCAGCUCGGAGCUUCAUUUCACCCUGUAUCUCGGUGGCAAUACGGGGCCCUACAAGACGGCCGAGAAUAACGGCACCGUCAUCCUCCCGCCCAUCCCUGUCGAGUGGAUCAUCGCGCCGCUCAACGUCACGGCCGGGCAGUGCCCGGAUCGGGCGCAGAACCUGCAGCUGUUCGGAAUCAUCAACGCCAUCGUGGCCGGCCUGGUGCUGCUGCUCGGCUGCCGGCCGCUGGUCCGCUAUCUCACGGGCGGUGUGCUCGGCUCGCCGACCCGCUUCUCGCCCUUUUGGACCUGGCUCGUCUCGUUUGGCCUGCAGGUCGCCGCCAAUGCCGUCGUGUCGCGUCUGGUCGUCGCGACGCCCGGGUACGAGCACCUCAGCAUGCUGCACGUCUUCGCCCUGUACGCGUCCCGGCCGCGCAUCAACCAAAUCUGGACCGGGCUGCUGCGCCUGUUUGUUGGGCCGGUGCGUAUCCGCCACGAGAGGAUGAUGCUCGGCGGAAAGAAACGGGGCCGGGUCCGUGACGACUUCGAGCUCGGCGCUGCCGGCGGCAGUGCCACCUCCAAGCCCAAAUCCAGAUGGUCGCGCUGGGUGGCACGAGUGAUUCCCUCUCGGACUGGCGGAAGCUCAUCCAGAGAGAACGAACAAAACAACAGGGUGAAGUUCCCCUUUGCGCCUGCCGUCGCUGGUCCUCGCGGGGAAGAGGAGUGGGUCUACACCGACUCGUACGUCGCCACGUCGGUCAGCGAGCUUUUUCUGCAGCUGAUGUCGGCCGUCUUUGUCGGCGUGACUUGGCGCCGCUUCCCCAACGAGCCGAUCCGCGAGCACAUGCAGCACCACGUCAACUUCAUGCUGGCCGCGCCCGCCCUCGCCCUGGUCGGCUGGCUGUUGAUCCCGAUCUACAUCAAACGCGACGAGUCCAUUUUUGACGGAGACACGGACGGCGUUACGUGGGAGGGCUCGGCCGAAUAUCUCUUGCUUGCGACCAUUUUUCUGGGCCUGACGGGGUUUUUUACAUAUGGCGUCGCGUGGAGAUACUGGGCCGAGUUUCUGAUGCUGCCCGGUUCCUUGUGGUGUCCCCCCAAGUUCAUUGAACAGGCUGCUGUCUGGUCCUCUUUCUCGGGACUGGCGGCCUUCUUUGGUGGGGGCUUGUAGUUGGC